UGACAACGAUGACAAAGGAGAUGCGGAGGCGAAGAUCUCAAUCUCAAUCUCAAGUUCGUGUGCCGAUAUACGCCAUGUUGAUAUGUUGUGGUGUAUAAAAUCGUGAUGAUGUUCAUGAAAUCAGAUACGUCUCACAGACUCAACAGCCAUUCCUCGAGUUCAUAGCUUUUGAAACAAGUUUGGCGCUUAGUAGUUAUUUAGAUUAACUUCCUAGUUUCUACAUCUCAGCUCACAAUCCAAGAUGAAGUUCGGUCAGUUCUCUGCGGUGCCGCUGGUGCUAGGCGGCCUUGCCAAUGCUUUCACUUACGAAAGACUCAACAAGAACGAUACUCUGCUCCUCAUUCUCGACAUGCAGGAGGGACUCUUCGGCCUGGCCCGUGAUUAUGACCAUACCGUCUUUCGGAACGCCUUGUACGCUCACGCCGCUCUUGGCAAGGCGUUCGAUUUACCAGUAGUGAUGACUUCCUCGUCCCAGUCCGGUCCUAACGGCCCGCUUCCAAACGAAUUCCUCGAAUGGUAUCCGAAUGCACCCCUUAUUCAGCGCCAAGGCGAAGUAGAUGCUUGGGAUAACCCCGAGUUUAGGGAGGCUGUCAUCGCGGCCAACAAGUCCCAGAUCAUUAUCGGAGGGAUCACUACCGACGUCUGUACGGCAUUCUUAGCGCUCUCUUUGCGCGAAGCCGGAUACACUGUCUUCGCAAACCACGAGGCGUCGGGCACCACCAGUGUGGACAUCCGGGAGAACGCGAAUGAGCGCAUGAGGGCUGCUGGCGUCCAAAUCCUUUCGUAUUUUGCCAUCUUGUGCGAGCUUAUGCGCGACUGGCGGAAUGUGCCCGGCGCAGAGCAGUUGUUCCCUGUCCUCGAUCAAUACUAUCCAGCUUACGGCAUGGUCGCUAGAGCCCACAGAGCUGCUGUCAAUAAUGGGACUGUCCUCCCAGGUGAGGAUAUCCUGCCUUAAAAAUAGGUACUUAAGGAGGUUGGAGGAUGAAUGGUAAUUGAAAAGGCUUUGCCUGUUGCUGUCGGCACUGGUGAGAGGGCUAGCAGAGAGGCUUAGAGGGGGAGGCGCAGCGCUCGAGAG